GCAACUCAUUCCAAUCACCAUGUUAGAAAAAUAAAACUGUCUUUACUUUAGCCCAACUUGUUAUUUUUGAACUCUUAAACUUGUCUCCUCUUGGUUUAUUUUUAUUCAGAGAAUACAACUCAAACCUCUGAGGCCUUUAUCCUACCAGUCUGCUGGAUAAUCUUGUAAACUUCAAUAAGUCACCUCUUACCCUUCUUCUUAAGAAAUCUCAGCCUAUCCUUUUAAGAUAACUCUUUCAUCCAAGGAAUCAUUCUAGUAGCCCUCUUCUGAACCCUUUCCUAUAAAUCAGUAUCCUUUCUUAGAAACCUGAAAAAAUAUAAGAUGGAAAGCAACAGGCCAGGCACAAGUGUAAAAAGGCCUUUCUGUCAAGGAAAAGGAUACUCUGGUAGAAGCAAUUGGAGACCUUAUUAUCAAAACAGAAGGCCUUACAGAGGAGGAUACAGAGGGAGAUCCUAUAAAAGGGGAAUCUCCCAAGCUAAACACACCACUGAUAAUGAUGGGCUACUUCAGUCACAGAUACUAGAAGCAGGAGAAAAUCUAAGCCAAUUUUCCCAACCAAUGGCAAGAGUUGUUGAAUUUUGUUCUAAAGCUGGGCCUUACAAUGGAUGGAAGUUGUAUCUUCCUGAUGAGGAUUAUGACUCACAAAGCAACACUGUAAAAAAAUUGCAGCUACUUGAAGAAUACUGUAAAACAUUGCAGCUAUCUGGAAAAAAGGAGGAAAUAGAGAAUAGACAGUCUUUUACUUUUGAUGUGAAAGCCUUAGCUGAGGAUGCAGUUAUAAAAGAAAACUGGUCUGAUCUAAUGACAGAGUUAAAGGAAACCCCUGAAAGGGUGAUCAGCUACCUUGGACUUGCGCUGCAUCAUCUUCUUAGUAAAGAAAUCUUUAAUGAACUCACGAAUGAGCAAAAUGAUGGUAGCGUUUCUAUUCAAUUUAUAACUGAUAAAUUUAAUGUGCCUAAAAUUCAUGCUCGGCUCUCUGGAUAUGAACCCCUCACUCAGAUGAAAAAUCUGAAGGCUAAUUAUUAUGGAAAAUUUGUUUCUGUAAAAGGAACAGUUGUUCGAGUAAGCACUAUCAAACCAUUGUGCACAAAGAUGGCUUUUAAAUGUGGAAACUGUAGUAACGUACAAGUUAUAACUCAGCCGUAUGGAAAGUACACAUUACCUAUAAAAUGUGCUGUUAGGGGUUGUAGGUCUCGAACUUUUAUUCCACUUAGAAGCUCACCACUUACUGAAACAGUUGACUGGCAGAGCAUUCGACUCCAGGAAAUCAUAACGGAUGAUCAGAGGGAAGGUGGGCGGGUACCAAGGACUAUUGAAGCAGAGUUGAUGUUUGAUUUAGUGGACAUUUGUGUGCCUGGUGAUGUUGUCACUUUAUCGGGGGUGAUAAAAGUAACCAGUACUGAUGAAGGUGGAUUCAAGGCAAACAGAGACAAAUGUAUGUUUCUUUUGUACAUUCUUGCUAACUGUAUUUCCAGCUGUAAGGGAACAUUUAUUUCAUCCUCAGAUACAAGCAUGGCUUCUGUAGUUGGUUUAGAAUUUAAUCUUAAAGAUCUUUAUGCCAUUCAGGCCAUCCAAGCAGAAGAGAAUCUUUUUCGUCUUCUAGUGGCAUCCCUCUGUCCAACUAUCUAUGGCCAUGAAAUGGUUAAGGCAGGACUAGUUUUGGGCUUAGUGGGUGGUACUCAAAAAUAUGUUGAUGAUAACAAUCGCAUUCCUAUAAGAGGAGAUCCACACAUUUUGGUGGUUGGUGACCCAGGACUCGGUAAGAGCCAAAUGCUUCAAGCCUGUGCUAACAUAGCACCUCGGGGUGUAUACGUCUGUGGAAACACAACAACAACAUCUGGACUAACCGUAACAUUAUCCAAAGAAGGUUCAAGUGGGGAAUAUGCUUUAGAAGCUGGUGCAUUAGUACUUGCUGAUCAGGGCUGUUGCUGUAUUGAUGAGUUUGAUAAGAUGCCCAACCAACAUUAUGCUCUUUUAGAAGCUAUGGAACAACAGACCAUUAGUAUUGCAAAGGCAGGAAUAGUGUGCAGCCUUCCAGCUAGGACUUCCAUUUUAGCAGCUGCUAAUCCUGUUGGUGGACACUAUAACAAGUCUAAGACUGUAUCUGAAAACCUGAAAAUGAGCAGUCCUUUGCUUUCCAGAUUUGAUUUGGUCUUCAUUCUGUUGGAUAAACCAGAUGAGGAACUCGAUAGCAAACUCUCAGAACAUGUGAUGGCUCUUCAUGCUGGACGAGCCAAAGAAGGAGGUGGAAAAGGAACUCUGAAGCCAACAGUAUCAAACUGCUCAACUCCUAUUAGUAUAUUAAGCCAACUAGAACGUGUAACCAGUCAACCUCUUAGUGAAAGGCUGAAAUACACUCCAAAUGAGAAAUGUGAUCCUAUUCCUCACCAAUUACUAAGAAAAUAUUUUGCAUAUGCUCGAAAAUACGUCCAUCCAAAGUUAUCUUCUGAAGCCUGUGAAAUCCUUCAAAAGUUUUACUUAGAGUUACGAAAGCAUCAUCAAACUGGUGAAAGCACACCUAUCACUACUCGUCAGCUGGAAUCUAUGAUAAGGCUGACUGAGGCUCGAGCUCGACUUGACCUCCGAGAAGAAUGCUCUCAGCAAGAUGCCUUAGAUACAGUGGAAAUAAUGAAGUACAGUAUGUUAGACACAUACUCUGAUGAGUUUGGGUUACUGGACUUUCAGAGAUCACAGCAUGGAUCUGGUAUGAGUGGUCGCUCUCAUGCAAAGAGGUUCAUUGCUGCAUUAACAAAAGUAGCAGAAAAAACUUAUAACUCACUUUUUACAGUUCAACAGAUGCGAGAAAUUGCCACUGACAUGGGAAUACAUGUAUUGGAUUUCCUUGGUUUUGUGAGCUCUCUGAACAACCAAGGAUUCCUCCUGAAAAAAGGACCAAAAGCUUACCAACUUCAAACUACAGAUUAUUAGUUGUUUUUGUAUCCUAAAAUUUGGCUCUUGUAAAAAAGAUAAGUUAAAUA